AUUAAUUUACAUUCUCAACAACAGAGUGUUGGAGUGUCCGUUUCCCUCACAGACUCACCAGUGUUGGCUAUUACAACUAUUUUUUGCCAAUCUGAUUGGCGAAGAUCUUAUUGUGGAUUGGUAAGUACUGAGAUUGAAAACUGGAAUUUCCUCUUCCGCGGAUCGCCUGUUGAGCUUGAAUUUUUCUCUGGGUUAAUGGAACCAGGUAGUAACCCUUCAUUCUGUGUGCCUAGAUUCCGAAGACUUCCCUCCUCUUACACGGUGGAGCUUCUCACAAUUUACAUCUGGGAACUCACAAAGAAGCCACCGCUCUUCAGCCUGGUGCAGGGGAUGAGGGUGGUCCUCAAACUUUUGGUUCGAUAUGCAGAAAUCGACAUUGUUUGGCACAGACACUAUCAUUCCAAGUUCCCCAUUUUUGUAAAGGUUAACCAGAAACACACAAGGCCAUUCAUUUUAGACCCUGUGAAUCCUACCGUCAAUGUGUGUGACACCUGCAACGCCUGGGACGAAGUUGCCCAUGUGGCACGACACAGCCUGUGCAGGCCUCUUUGCAGUGGCAUGAGAGCCAACACCCCCUGGCUUUUCACAGACAGCUGGUAAGCUGGGCCAGGAGAUGCCGUCCUUGGA